GAGAGAGCUGCUGAUUAUAGGGAAAAUGGCGCUGGAACAGUACUUGUGAAAAUCUUCCUUGUUCGUGAAAAAAAAUAUAUAUUUUUACUUAAUCAAUAACUAAACUAGAUAAAAAUAUUCUCCUCCAUUUUAAGUGUUUUAAGUUUAAUCAAAAAUAUACAAAAAAUAUCUUCAAAUAAAUUAAUUUAUCAAUUAAAAUAAAAUCAAUUUCAAAAUUCCUAUACUCAAAGAAAAAUCAAAUUAAAAACAUCUAUACAUUAUGCAAUUAUAAUUUUAACGAAGAAAAAAUGAUGGAUCUGUGAAGUAUACAUGAAAAAUAUUACCACUCAUAAGGGACAAUUGACUAACGACACUACCGUGAGACCGACGCGACGAGACGAGUGGACUACGACGACGGAAAGAGCACUCCAUUAAGCUAAAGCAGUACCAUUAAACACUAUUAAAGAUGAAGUUUCCAUUUCCAUUGCCAGCUGGAGUUUCAUCUGGAGUUGCGCUUUUUUCGAAAUUGGUCCGCACAAAAGAUCUUAGAAACGUUCCCAAUGAUAGUGCUCGAAAUACAAAACCAAAACUAACAAAAUGCUUAACUACGCUGGAUUUAACAUCAUUGGGUGUGGGAUCUUGUUGUGGAACUGGAAUGUACCUUGUUGCAGGAAUGGUAGCAAAAAAUAUUGCUGGACCAGGUGUAAUAUUAAGUUUUAUCAUAGCAGCAGUUGCAAGUAUAUUUUCAGGUGCUUGUUAUGCUGAGUUCGGAGUUCGAGUGCCAAAUACUUCAGGAUCUGCAUACAUGUAUUCCUAUGUUGCCGUAGGAGAGUUUGUUGCGUUUGUAAUUGGUUGGAAUAUGAUACUUGAGUAUUUAAUAGGUACUAGUGCCUGCGCAUGUGCUUUGAGUUCUAGCUUUGAUUCGUUAUCGGGUGGUCUAAUAGGUCAAACUGUGGCAGACUAUGUUGGAACGAUUUUCGGUAAACCACCGGAUUUUAUUGCAUUUUGUAUCACAAUACUAAUGACAUGCGUACUUGCAACGGGUGCAAGUAAAUCAGUUUUGUUUAACAAUUCGCUCAAUAUUCUUAAUUUGGCUUGCUGGGUGUUUAUAAUAACGGCUGGUCUGUUUUAUGUUGAUACAAGUACUUGGACUGAACAUCAAGGAUUUUUACCAUUUGGUUGGAGUGGGGUUUUUUCAGGAGCUGCAACAUGUUUUUAUGCAUUUAUAGGAUUCGAUAUUAUAGCCACAACAGGAGAAGAAGCACACAGCCCACAAAAAAGCAUUCCAAAAGCAAUAGUUGUCUCAUUGUUAAUUGUUUUAUUCGCAUAUGUCACAAGUAGCCUGAUAUUAACUUUAGUUGUACCUUAUGAUCAAAUAAACACUGGAGCCGCACUAGUACAAAUGUGGUCAUAUGUUGAUGCUCCGAAAUGUCGAGCCAUUGUUGCAGUAGGAGCAACUGGUGGUCUAUUGGUAGCAAUGUUUGGGUCCAUGUUUCCCAUGCCAAGAGUUAUCUAUGCAAUGGCUUCAGAUGGUCUUAUAUUCAAGCAAUUAUCACAUUUGUGGGAAAGAACAAAUGUACCAGGACUGGCAACACUCGGAAGUGGUAUUGCUGCAGCCUUUGUAGCCUUAACAAUUCGACUAGAGAUUUUGGUUGAAAUGAUGUCGAUUGGAACCCUAUUAGCAUACACGCUUGUAUCAACAUGCGUGCUUGUGCUAAGAUAUCAACCUUAUAGUACAUCUCUGGUGGAACUACUUCCUGCUCAAUUGAGAACUCCGAUUCCACCAAGUACUCCCGAUCCAACUGCGGACAAGUCUUCAAAUAAUUUGACCAUCAAACGCAUAACUCGCGGUUCGCCAGACUCAGAUGAUUCAUUUAUCGAUGACAGUCCCGACGGCUAUAUGGGAAGAGAUGAUCAAUUUUUGGUAUCGGAUAGAUCAGAAAACAAAUUUUACGGCAGUGUCCACGGUGCUCCGACGGGUCCGACUGGCAAUGCAACGGCCUUCGAUACAAUCGGUGUUGGCUUGUUAGGUCGAAAGUUGCAGGAGUUCUCCUACAUGUGCCCUGGACUAUUUCCCUGGGUUAAUCCAGGACCGGCAACUUCAGAAAGUGGAAUGUUUGUUACAAAGCUUGUUGGCGUGAUGUUUAUACUUAUAUUCUUCUUGGACCUAUUUGCUGCGAUAGGAUGGUCAGGAAGACUUGCCGGAUUCAGUUUCUCGAUAUUAAUUUUAGGUAUUUUUGUGAUAUUACUAACUAUAUCCAGGCAACCACAAAACAGGUAUGCCCUCGCAUUCCUAACACCGGGACUUCCUUAUAUUCCAGCUAUUGCAAUAACAGUGAACAUCUACUUAAUAUUCAAAUUGAGUAUAUUAACAUUAGUUAGAUUUACUAUUUGGAUGUCCAUAGGUUUGGUUGUAUAUUUUUACUACGGCAUCACACAUAGUUCAUUAGAAAAUGCAUCCGAAGAAAUUGAAUUACGAGUUGAUGAAGCAAAAGAUAACAACUCUGAUGAGAAAGCUGUUUGGGAUCAACAGAACUUCGAACAAAACUACAGUUCACCCGACGUUAUAUGGAACUAUGGCAACACUGAGCUUAACACAACAUCAUCAUGGAAUAGCACAACCCAAAGGAAUACAUCAUCAAACAGCAAUGCCCUUCGGGUGAAAAAGCCACCUCCUCCUAAGCCCCCAGCACCGCCAGCAUCUAAAAGUAAGUCGUCAACUGACCAAACUAAGAAAAACCAAACCACAACAAAACCAACAGCUGAUAAGCCAGGCUUCAGUAUGUUUGUGGAUGAAACGCAGUUUCCCAAGUGGGACGAUUGAAAUAGUUCCGCAUCUGAUGAUAUCGUUCCUCUAAUAAUAAUUGCAUUGUUAUGUGUAAAAUUUUAAAGUUAUUUAUAUAUACAAUUCUAUAUCGUUUCCAUCAAGUGUACAUUUUAACAUAUUAUAUAUAUAAUUAUAAAAUUAAUAUUAAUAUUUAUGACUCAUUCUUAAAAAAAAAACUAAAACAAAAAACCAAAAAAAAAAAACAUUUAAUAAAUUCAGUUUACAAAUUUAUGAUAUUAUACAGAAAAUAUACAUAUAUAUAUUAUAUAUACAUACAUUAACAUUUUAAAUAUUUGCCCUUCCGUUUUUAUAAAUGUAAAUACUUCUAUGCGGGAGUUAUUCUAUAAGAAACAACAAAUUAUUGUUAAACUUGUAAACUAAUAUGACAAAAGAAAAACUACUUACAGAAAAAAGAUAUAUAAAACAACACAAAAUAUCUCCAGAUUUAUUCAAGCCAUAUCUUAAACUCAAGAGCUGAUUUUUGUUCUUACAUAUAUUUUAUAUUAUUGAUGAAACAAAUUUACAAUACUUAUUACUUAUUCGUUUUCGAUGUUCCGUUUAACGUAAUUACCACACAAAUUAAUUUAAGUUUCCAUUUUAUUUAUGAGGUAGAUAGAGAAUAUAAAAACAAAAAAAAAUAAAAAUAUAUUUUAACGAAUAAAAUAAUUUAAGUAAAGUAAAAAAAAACUCAAGCAAUUACAGCGUAUGCACACCGCAGAAUACAUAUACGACUAAAACAAAAACAAAAUAAGUUAGCAGGAGAAGCGCCGGCGGCGGCGGUAACGCGGUAUUGUGGCGGCGGCGUGGCGCGGCGCUGCAUGCGCUAACUAAAAAAUUUAUUUAUUUAUAUAAAAACAAAUUAUAUGUAAAUGUAAAUGAAAAAUAACUAAUGAAAGCCCACUGAAUUGCGUCUUACAAUUUCAGCCCUAUUAUACACUUUUACAAAUUAUUCAAUUCUUUUUUCUUUUUUUUGUUAAAAUUUUGCAUUUUAUAAAUAAAGUCUAUUUCAAAAUAUGUUUAAUAAAAAUUGAUUAUUGAAAAAAUAUAAAAAA